AUGGCAGAGGCAGCAAAGUCCCAUAUCACCCAAGGUGCUUUGAAGUAUGUUCCCCGAGUCUUCUCUCCAUCGAAGCUUAGGCCCCACCAGAAUUCUAACUGUGGCAGCGCAAUCUUCAAUGAACCAACUACACUGGACCGAGAUUAUCCUGUGCCGAUAUGCCAAGUCGUCCAAAUCAAAACCCUUGGAUCGCAGACCGAAGGCACGCCGGAACGUUACAGACUCGUCUUGAGUGAUGUGCAGAACUUCGUACAGAGCAUGCUUGCCACCCAGGCAAACCAUGUUGUACACGAUGGAAAGCUAAAGAAGGGUUCGAUUGUUAGAUUGAAGGCAUUCCAGGCCAAUGCUGUCAAGGGCAAAAGAAUUCUCAUCGUUCUGGACCUCGAGGUCAUCGAAAGCUUAGGAGAACUUGAAAAGAUCGGAGAACCUGUCGUUUUGAAGGACAAAGAUGAAGAGGAUGUUAAGCCGGUGAAUACAACUAUUGCCGGGGGUGGAUUUUACGGAAACAAACCAGCGGAGCCCACAAGACAGCAGCAAGCUCUCCCGUCACGAGCUGCACCAACAAGCUCAGCAUCGCAUGCCAACAUAUAUCCUAUAGAGGGGUUAAGCCCAUACGCACAUAAGUGGACAAUUAAAGCCCGCGUCACUAGCAAGUCAGAAAUCAAGGAGUGGAAAAAAGCUACUGAAGGGAAGUUGUUCAGCGUCAACCUUCUUGACGAAAGUGGCGAGAUUAAAGCAACUGGAUUUAACGAGCAAUGUGAUCAGCUCUACGACGUAUUGCAGGAAGGCUCUGUCUAUUACAUUUCAAGUCCAUGCAGGGUCAAUCUUGCAAAGAAACAAUUUUCGAACCUCUCUAACGAUUACGAACUCACUUUUGAUCGCGACACUACAGUUGAGAAGGCAGAGGAUCAAGAGAGUGUUCCCCAAAUGAAGUUCAAUUUCACCAAUAUUGCCAGCCUUCAAGAUAUCGACAAAGACACAACCAUUGACAUUCUUGGAGUAUUGAAAGAUGUUGCGGAAGUAAGCGAAAUCACUUCCAAAAGCACCCACAGACCUUACUCAAAACGUGAAAUUACACUGGUGGACCAAAGCGGUUAUUCCGUCAAGUUGACCGUUUGGGGCAAGCUAGCCACCAGCUUUGAUGCCAACCCCGAGUCAAUAAUUGCUUUCAAGGGCGCAAAGGUGUCCGACUUUGGUGGCCGAAGCUUGAGCCUGUUGUCCUCAGGUUCCAUGAGCCUUGACCCCGAUAUUUCAGAGGCUCAUCAGUUGAAAGGCUGGUACGAUUCCCAAGGACGUCGUGAAACCUUCCUUGCCCACACCGGUAUGUCUGCAGCGGGAGCUGCAGGAGGUCGUCGAGAAGAGACAAAGACUGUUGCUCAGAUUAAGGAAGAGGGCCUCGGAAUGAACCCCGAAACCCCCGAUUACUUCAAUGUCAAGGCUACCAUCGUCUACAUCAAGCAAGAUUCAUUUUCCUACCCAGCUUGCCUGAGCCCGGACUGCAACAAGAAAGUUACUGAUGAGGGCGACGGUACAUGGAGAUGUGAGAAAUGCAAUAUCAACCAUCCUAAACCCGAACACCGAUACAUCCUCACUCUCAGCGUGAGUGAUCACACAGGUCAAAUGUACUUGAAUGCAUUUGAUGAUGUGGGAAGAUUGGUUGUGGGAAAGAGUGCAGAUGAGAUGAUGGAGCUUAAAGAGAAUGAUCUCCCGGCAAUGGAGAAGGAAUUUGAGAAUGCAAAUUGUACUUCUCACUACUUCAAAUGCCGGGCAAAGAUGGACACAUACCAGGAUCAGCAAAGAGUUAGGUACCAGGUCAUGAGCGCCAUUCCCAUCGAUUUCAAGGCAGAGGCACACAAACUUGCGGAGCUUAUCAAGUUGUACAACAUAGAUUGA